AUGGAUUUAGAUAAAUACAACACCUUUGGAAAGUGUAGGUUUUGCCACUCCGAAGGCUUUCACAGGGAUUUAAUGACGGAAUAUAAUCUUAAUGGUCUACGUGAAGUUUAUUUUGAUAUUUUUCAAGAAUGCUUUAAUUUAUAUCUUUGCAUUGCAUCAGAUCAAAGCAAACUCAUUUGUUUAGCUUGUAUAAAACAAUUAGAAGAUGCAAAAAACUUUCGGGCUAUGGUUGUCAAAGCUGAACAAGAUUUGCUCGAGAUUUCUGAGCGGGAACCAUUCUUCGUAAACCUAAAUGAUAAAUGGACAAAGCCAACAGAUUGUUUAUACGAGGUAAAAAUAGAGGACAAAGUAAAAUCAGAAGAUGAAUACUCGUCAGAUCCUGAUUUCAAUACGGAAUAUAGUUUAACAUUAGACAGUGAAGAUGAACUGGUAAAAGGAGAGGCUGAAUUAAUAUCAAGGUUUUCAAAAGAAACCUUAAAACCUUUACCGACUCGUGCCACCAUUUACAAUACGUGCUGUAACUAUGCAAAACAUUUGGACUCGUUAAAAGGAAAGAAAAUUACAGCUGCUGCGCUUAACUUGCUUUUUCAUAAACAAAAAAAGUGCUCGUCCAUCUAUCUAACAGAAAAAUCAGCUCUAGUAAACAACAUCACAGAACUUUUGCAAAACACCAACAUGGCUCCGUUCAAACGGAUGAGGCGAGCGGGAAUCCUCUGUUUUUACUGUUCAAAAACUGUCGACAGCUUCUUAGAUCUUCACAUUCACCAAGACACGGAAAACUGCAAGGAGACCAUGAACAAAAUACUCAACAAACGCUGCGCGGAGAGUUUAGUUAUAUAUUCCCAUAUUACGGAAUUAAAAUGUACUAUAUGCGACACUGAAUUGGAGUAUAAUAGUUUAAAAACGCACUUAAUGACGGUACACAAAAAAAAAUUCUACCCUCAAGGCAACGAUCGCGUUGUACCCUUCAAACUUAUAAAAGGAAAUGAGUUCCACUGUCAAAUAUGUGGCUUCAGCUUCGAAACAUUCGGAUCUAUAGAACGACAUAUGAACACCCAUUACAGAAAUUAUGUCUGCGACCAAUGUGGAGCUGGUUACAUGACGAAGAGCCGGUUAAAAGUCCACUGGAGGUAUUCACACAGUACUGGGGCUUUCCCGUGUGAUACCUGCAAGAAGGUCUUCCCGUCUCAGCACAAGUACAACUGUCAUGUUGAUGCUGUUCACCGUUCUGUCAAGAAGAAUAAGUGCACAAAGUGUCCAGCUAGAUUCGCAGAUUACUUCAACAAACACAAGCACAUGGUGGAGGUUCACGGGGAACCCCCGCUAGAGUAUAAAUGCAACGUUUGCGAUGCGGUUUUCAAGAGACGGUAUGCUUUAUUGUGUCAUGUGAGAAGACGGCACCUGGAAGUGAAGAAUAUUGAAUGCAAAAUGUGUAGUUAUAAGUGUUAUACGACAACUGAGUUAAAAGUGCACAUGAUCAAGCAUGUUGGUGAACGGACCUAUCAGUGUACUGUGUGUAAAAAGGCAUAUGCCCGGAAGAAAACGUUGAAGGAGCAUAUGCGGAUACAUACGAAUGACAGGAGGUAUGUGUGUGCGGUCUGUGGUCAGGGUUUUGUACAGAACUGCAGUUUAAAAGGUCACAUGCGGUCACAUCAUGCUGAUUAUGUAAACGAAAUGGGUUUAAAUUAG